ACGGCCACCGACCCGCGAGCAAGGUGAGUUCGAGCGUGCUCCAGCUCCAGCGGUAGAGGACGCACGUUGGAAGCCUCGCAUUGGCUUGCCAGGCCCGUCGCCGUCGGAGGCAGCGACGACAGCGGCGGCAGCGGCGGCGACGGCGACGGUACCACCACCUCCUCGGCGGAGGGGAAUCCCGCUCACCGCUGUUGCAGUGCACUUCACCUCCGGCCUCGGCACGGAUCGCGAACACGGAGGCGAGAGCGAACGGGCCAGUCGCUCGCGAUCGGUGUGUUGUACGCGUCGCCUCCAGCGGUGUCCCCGGUCUGUGCAGAAGAAUGCGGUAGGAUGCGUGUCCAGGAGAGAUGCUUCCUGCUGGCGGUGGCGGGACUCUGCCUCCUAGGCGGGGUCGCCUAUUCCUUCACGACCGCCGACGUCGAGGCGCGGAUCACGACCACGACGCCUGAUUCGAAUGACGAAGCUGCCGCGAGAAUGCAGUCACCGCAGACGGAAGCGCGAGAUGAGACGGCGGAAUCGAAGAGCGCAUAUCCGACGAAGGAGAUCGACAUCAAGGCCACGACGGAGGCGAAGAAGAAGCCGGUAGUGGAUUUCAAGGUCAAAAGCGAUCAGAAGUAUCAGAAACCUAUUAGCAAGGAUGAUGACGCCAAGAGACCGGCGGACGCCGACGUGUCGACAACGCUCUCAAUGUCGCCCACGACGUCCUCGAUGAAGCCCGAUCACUCUUCAGCGACCACCAAGCCCAUGGAUGCGGCGGGUGUGACGAUCCCGUUUCUUUUCCGCGGGGAACCGAUCGUCGGGGUCACUGCGAGCGUACCGACGAGCGACAGUCCCACCGUCCAGGACACGAUGAGCAGCAUCGCGGAAACGGCGCGAGUGACGGAGGAAACGACGUCAUCGAGAGGCAGAGCCUUGAACAUCUCCGCUCCGGAGCCAACGAACUCCUUGCACGCUAAUAUUACGGAUCUCAGUGACGUCAGCAUGGACGAGGACGACAAGGAAGUGGAAGGCGGAGAGUACGUCGCGUCCCAUAACGAAACGUCCGUCAACAUCUCGUCGACAUUGCUGCCGAAGGUGGCAGUGUGCGUUGACGGGAAUCGCACCUACUCCUUAGGCGAGAAGGUCGUGCGAGGUUGCGAGGAGAAGUGCGUGUGCACCGAGAAUGGCAUCGUCAAUUGCCAGCCGCUGUGCGUGCAUCCUUACGUCAGAGCGGGCAAGGGUAUUGAAGAUCCUUUGUGCCAGGAGAAGACACUCACCGAGGAGCCAUGUUGCGCCGUGAUCCUCUGUGCCGCGGAUUCCGCUCCCGAGCCGGAGGAGACGUGCGUGUUCGGCAAUCAAACGGUAGCCAGAGGGCAGCGUGUCGAAGACGGCUGCUCCAGGGUGUGCAUCUGCGAAGCCGGCGGCCACUUAAAAUGCCAAGCCAGGUGUCCGCCGAACGAGUCCAGCUCCAUAGUCAACCAACACGACCGCUGCGUCGCGUUGGCUGAUCCCAGGGAUCCCUGUUGCACCAUCACGCUGUGCGAUGUCACCUUGGGCGAUCACGAGAUCAAAGCCGAGAAUUCGACGGACCUGAGCGUGCACUUGAUGGACGUGAAGGUGUUGAAUUCGACGGCGAUCAAACUGCGCUUGUCCGCCAAGAAUCCCCAGGACGUCGUCAUAGAGAUCUCGCAGAACAAUCACGUGUGGAGGCAACAGAAACCCGACAAAGACGGUAUAGUCUCGACUUUGGAACCUGCGCACACGUAUUACGUUCGCGUGGCGGAAGGAGCACGCACGAGCCCGGCGAUUCAGGUGUUCCUGCCGGCCGAGGUGGUGAAGGUGACGAACGUCACCCACACGGAGAAGAUGUCCGACAAGAACUCCUGCUACUACCGCGGCAAGUCCUACAAGCUCGACGCGGAGUGGUACGACGAGUGCAUAUACUUCUGCGUCUGCAUGGAAAACGGCAAGAACGAGUGCGCCUCGAUACAAUGCCCGACGGACUUCGGCCUGGACGUGCUGGACCCCCAUUGCGUGGACUGGGAAACUGUGCCCGCGGACUUUGUCCCGAAGGCACCGAACUGUUGCCCUCAGGAGGUGCGCUGUAGAAAUAACGGCUCCUGCCUCUAUAACGACGUCGUGUACGAUAACUGGAGCAGAUUGCCGAUGAACGUCACCGGCUGCGAGAACGACUGUUUCUGCGAGAUGGGCAACGUGUCCUGCCGCGCCGCUUGCAAUCCUGUGCCAGCCUUGCCGCCUGCCAACCUGCAGUGUCCUUAUCCGCCGAUAGUGACGACUCAUCCUGACAAUCCGUGCUGCCUGCAAUGGAGCUGUCCUCCUUCGCCAGCACACUCCACACUUCCAGGAAUGAACGUGACGACCGCGUACCCCGGCCCCUUAGCCACAGACACGUUCGAUCGGCAAACGAUUGACAGUAGCAAAAGACCGAAUAACAAGUCGGAAACGCUCAGGCCCAGCCAGGAACCGGAGCGUGGCGCUUCCUCCCUGUGGCAAGACCCGAAAACCUAUAAGACCCAACCAGACGUCACUACUCACGGACUUCCUCAUUAUCCCAUGGACCCAGGACAUCCCACAGUGCCUUACAAUGGACCUUACAGUCCGGAUUACGUGCCCACACACCCCACCGUGGAAAACGUCUUCCACUUGCCCGAAAAGCCGAUGUCGCCCCCGAAAGAAAAGUCCAAGUCGAAAUCCGACAGUAAAAAGCCCGUGGAGCCGGUAAAGCCUCACAAGGAGACGAUCGAUCAGUACUUCCCCGGUCCGUUAGCGCCCAAUAGGUUCCCCGACAAAGGUUCCACUUCGACGUCCCCGUACUCGGUCAACGAGAAUCAACACGUUCCAGGUUCGGUGAACCCGAACAAACUGCCCCCUCAGCAGAAGACCCAUCUGAUCGACCAGCCCCAAUUCAUUCCGUUGAAUCCUCAUCCGGAUACGUCAGCAGUCUCAGACUUCCCUUACGUUUCUAACAACAAAGGGGGCAUUCCCCCAAUUGGCCUCAACGGCCAGUUCGAUAGUCCAGCGGCUGGACUAUCUCCCUAUCGGGGCCCAGUCCCCGUCAAGCCCGACACCGUCGACCCCAACAUAAUCGUCCCGACGCUUCCGAAAAAGAAGGCCACGCCGAGCGAUUUGUUUAUCGACAUGGACAAGUCGAAAGCACCCCCGGCCGUACUGCCUGGUCUGCCGAAACAGGGUCAGAGAAACCCCGAGCAAGAGAUCUUGCCGGAGCAACUGUACCACCUGAUAAACCUGCACCCCGGUUUGCACCAGCUCGAUCAGGUGCCCCCUUCGGGCCACCCGGGUCUGUACGACCUGCACCAGCAGAUCUCCGGUCAGAAACAGCCGUCCAAUGACCGCGGGCAGUCCGAUUUCUUCGGGACGCCGGCCUCCGCGUCGAAGAAAGCCGCCACCAAACCGCCGCGCAUCUUCGCGCAAAAGAACGAGAACGGGCAGACCACUUAUCACAUUCACACGCCCGACAUCCCGAGCUCCCCGCAGCAGAUCGAGGAGCUGUUAGCGCACAUCAGCCAACACGAUCCCAAUCCCGGACCCUUCCAACACUAUCCCGGCCAACCAGCCAUACCUCAUAAUGUACCGAACGGCCCGCCGCCGCCCACUCUACCGCUUCACAUAGACGCUCACAUACCACAUUCAGGACUCACGCAUUUGAACCAUCCGUUCGCAGCACAAACGCCAAACCAGUCAGGUCUGGACCACAACAUUGUACCUCCAGGCUUCCCACUGGCCGGGGGUAUACCUGGAUUCCAAGCUGGGCCACCCUCCAACGAGGUCACCGUGCAAAUACUGGAGGCACUGGAUGAACAUACAGUUCGGCUGGUGUUUACCGUCCCUCAGGUGCUCGUGGGACUGCACGGCAGGGUCGAGCUGCGAUACACCAGCGACAAGACGAAUUUCGAUCCAUCCAUGUGGAAGCUACAGGUGUUCGCUCCCCCUCAUGACCUGAUCGCGACGCAGCAGCUGGAGUUCGAGCUGGGCGACUUGAAGCCGAUGACCGAGUACAAAGUGAAGAUCACGGUGAGGCUGAACGACCUCAACAACAGCCCGAGCAGUAAGAUCUACAGCGUGCGCACAUUGGAGAAACGCGCAGAGGAGACGACCUUACCGCCGCAGAUCCCGAUCGACGCUGAGCUACGGGCGAUGGAGACUAACUCAAGCUGGGUCAACGUCAUGUGGAAGAAGUUCACGGAUUACGAGUUACAGUUUAUCGACGGGGUGCAGCUGAGGUACAAGGAGCACGACGGUAAGGUUUACGCGGCGACCCCGCUGAUUCAUCGCUCCGUCACGAAUUACGUGAUUGAAAACCUGAGGCCGGCGACCAAGUACGAAGUCGGUAUCUACUUCAUACCGUUCGCCGGACAAACAACGGAGCUAAUUAGCGAGAAAACGAUCAACGUAACUACGUCGAUGGAGCCCGACCCCUACUCUUUCGACGUCAAGGUCGAGAUUAAGACCGUCAAGUCGACGGACGUGGAAGUGUCAUGGAGCGGUGUACCUUAUCCGGAGGACAAGUACGUGAACAUCUACCGAGCGAUCUACCAGAGCGACACCGGCAAGGAGGACACCAGCACCUUCAAAAUCGCCAAGAGAGACUCUCACGCCAAGACCGUGAUUAGCGACCUGAAGCCUGGCACCAGAUAUCGCUUGUGGCUCGAAAUAUACCUGACGAACGGCAGGAUCAAGAAGAGCAACGUCCAAGACUUUGUCACGAAACCAGGUGUCCUCUUACCAGCCACUGUGUCCCAACAAGCUGGAAAACUCGCGUCGUUCCCUCUUCACGAAGGGGACUACUACGGUCCUCUGGUGAUAGUGGCCAUCGUGGCCUCCCUGGCGAUACUAUCGACCCUGAUCCUGCUGAUGAUGCUAAUGAAGAGACGGACCAGCAGUAAGGCCGACAUAUCACCCCGUAAAACGACGUCGGCAUACGACAAUCCAUCCUACAAGGUAGAAUUACAACAAGAGACUAUGGACCUGUGAGGACGCUGUCACGAUAUCCAACGGGAGGAACAAGAUUACAAGCGACCACGAGAUGACCACCAUCAAUUCGAAUGCCAAGGAAGCCGCUUAAAGUUCUAUAAUUUAUUGAAUCUAUAUUUAUUUAUAUAUCGCCGCGCACACACGCCUCGCGAGAAUCCGUCUAAUGAGUCCGUCGUAUGACGAUGUAUUAUACGUACGUAUAUGUUAAGAGAUACCGCCGAACGAUCAAUUAACAGUCGCGCCACUUACGUCGAGAAUAAUCGCAGGAAGUGACACAUCCGAGCAACACAUACACGCAUACACGCCGCUGUGGAAGAUGCAAUACUUUUAUCGAUAGUUUCGAGAUACUUAAACGGCAACGCAUUUAUGCAUGACUCGCAAUUUCAUGCUGGUAACCGAUGAUUGAGAUUGAUCACACAAAGUUACGUUGUAUUAAAACUUGUAUAUAGCGUAGAUGUCGCACGACAUUGACGAUUUUAAAUCUUCGAUCUCGGGAGAGGAUCGAUCUCGGGAAAGGAAAGAAGAGGGAAAAUAGACGAAGAGAAGGAAACACGAACAAAUCUGUCCGACUUACCUGUACUUAUAAACAUUUUAAUAUCCACUUUUAUAUAUAUAUAUAUAUAUAUAUAUAUUUAUGUAUAUAUAUGUGUGUGUGUAAAAGUGGUAUCUGUACUUAAACAUUGUAAUAUCCAUUUAUAUAUAUAUAUAUAUAUGUAUUCACGUAUACGUUACUUGGUUAAUACGUUUAUUUUUGAUGUAUUUAAUAAAAUUAAUUACUUAACUAAGACACCGUAUAGGUAAAUAGCUUCACGCGUCGUGUCUUAUUGGACCGAGCGCGAGAGGAUUUUGUACAGUUUAUAUUUGUAUUUUUAGAGAGAGGAAAUUUAUAAAAUAAAUAACAUUAUUAUAUAAAUUUGCGUCCGAGUCACACACCCGAGUAAUUCUCCGAGUAAUAAUUCGGACGACGGUGAUAUACUCGUAAAAUAACUUUAUUUGCAUUCUCCUCGAGUACAAUGAAACAUCGUUUAACGAUAUAAAGUGGCGGGAAAACAUUUCCACGAAUCUCCUUAGAGAGAGGUUUACAUAAUUGUGUGCGUUUGUACCAAGUGCCUUCUUAGUAAAUGAGGAAAGACGGAGUUACUGGCGAUGGAGGUACGCUUGUGUACCUUUGAAAAUAUUAGGUGUGAAAAGAAGAAG